UAGGAGGGAAAUGGUAGAGCAAGGCAGGGUGCUUCAUACGUAGAGCAGGUUUCCAAGAUUGUUUGUCAUUUGCUCAUUUGUUUAUUCGAUUGAGCUAUGAGGUAUGAGAUGAGGUAUGAGAUGAGGUAUGAGGUUUGGAUUAGUCAGAUUGGAAGGUGGUUCUAGACGUAGGUAUUGUUCAUUUCUUGUUGAAGGUUUGUGGAACUUGGGAAGUUGCUUUAUAUAUCUAUCUACACACUUUACUACUUUCCAAUCAUCAACACAAACGCAAUUGAUAUUAAGAAUAAUUAAACAAUUAAUCUGUAAGUUAUUGUUCAAUUUCACUUUCUUUUCUUUGACCUCGCAAACACACAGAAAGUAGAAGAUCAAUUAACUAAUUUCUCCAGAAAGAAAUCCGCCACCUUCGUCUUUAUUACAGUUAUCAAAAUAAAUACAAAAAUGUCUUUCUUCCUUCGUCAAUCUAUUAGAGCUGCUCGUCCAGUUUCAAUUGCAGGACCUGCUAGACGAACAUUCGCAAAUUCGAGUGUGAGAGCUUUGAAAGAGAGUAAUAAGGGUGAGUUUGUCUUAGUAUGUUGAAUAUCGGGUUUGGCAAGGGAUCGCUGGUAUUGUGGGAGAGUUGAUGCACACCCCAAGAGAUUUAUACUUCCAAAGCAUCUGGAUCUUCUUGUUGUGGUGUAUGAAUUCUGCAUAUCUCAAUCCCUCUGAAAAUACCAUAUCCCAGCAUCCCCAUUUCCUUCUCACAUUAUACAUACUUGAUCCCUAAGUAACAAAGUCAAAAUAUCAACCGCUAACUAAUAUAUGUAAUUAGAUACUCCUGAAACUGCUGCCGAAUAUGAAAAACAUAAGCAAGAUCAAUUGGCUAAACAAAAAGAGGGCAAGAAUCACUGGCAAGCAGAGUUGGCUAGUAAUAGUGAAGAAGCUGUAGGUUAUUUUACUCUGCAUUAUCUGCACUUUUUUCAUAUAUCAUUGCGCUUUUUCCAUAACUUCAUUCGGAGUUCAACAUCUAUGAGAGAAGUCUCGCAUGUAUAGAUAGUUAGUCUGUGUCCAGUGGCUUCACACAUAUCGACUAUUUCUUUUUAUUCUUAGGAUCAAGGGUGUUGUGUGUGGGGAUUCUUUCUACGAGACUAGGGUUUGUGAAGGAAAAGAUUGAAAGGGUUUCGUGAGCGACGAUCAAUGGAUAUGAAUUAGCAUUCUGCUGAGGAUAGGGAGUUGAAAACUAAAGGGGAGAAAGACGAGUAGACGCGAAGAACGAGAUCAUACCUUUGAUGUCAGAAGCGGUUAACAAACCCAAGAAUCUCCAGAUGUUUAAAAAGUCUAGCAGUACAUGGCGGCCAGUAGUUCUACCCGCUUCAUCACACCCAACUUGAGAAAUUUCAUCUCGAAUCCCUUCAUCCGCUUUUUCUCCCAUCCAUACGUUUCUCAUCUCAAUUCCACAAAAUAACCACAAAGAUAUAUAAACAUACUAAUACAGAACCCAUAUAUAUAGGUAGCAGCAGACCGCCACGAACAUUCCGAUCACUCUCCCGCGGGUAUCAAGGAAUUACAGAAGAAGACAGAGGGUCAUGCUCAGGAGAAACAUAAGUGAGGUUGUUUGGGGUGUGGUUGAGUUGGGAAAUGGAAAUGAAAAUGGAAUAGAAUGGGAAAUGCAUGAAAUGAGAUGAAAUGAGAUGUAUGAUAGGAGUUUAAUAACAGACAGUACUAUGAAAGAAUGAAUACUAGUUGCU